AACGAGGGCGCUCUAAUUGGAAAACACCCGUCUCUCUCUAGCUCUCCCCUCGCUCAUCGCCGGUUCAGCCAUUGGGAUCACACCGUGACCACCUCUGCGUAUGUUCUCCACGUCGGUUUACUGGCUGUUCAAUGCAAGCUGGCUCCAUAGCUUCCUCUGUCCUCGCCCUCUAUCACCACCAAGUCUUUCUACUAUCCUCCUUCCUUACCCUCUGCACUACACCCUCGGUCUGGUCAUGUCGGUGACGGUAGUUGGUAGAAGCAGUGGUUCACUCUCCGGAGCCCUACAGAGUCCUCUGUCCCACAGCGAGCCAUACGGCACUGACCAUCCUCUCGUCACACAUCACUCUCGAGUCAACAAGACACGGAGAGUCUCCACCAGGGGUGGUGGAGGAGGAGGGAGUAAUGCUAUUGGAAGGAAGACUACUACCCCUGUUCACAUAAGUAACAGCUCAGUCAAUAGGAGACAGAGAAGGAAAAAGAAGUCUAAGUGUCAAGGAGAACAUGACUACAGUGGGAGAAAGACUGGAACUAAAAGAGGUAGUGGAGAGGUGAAAGUUAAUCAUACCCUGACUCCAAACACCUGUACAACUAAAGUUUCACAUGUGUACUCUCAGCAGCGACGCUCCUCGUCUAGUUUACUGCCACCAGUCGAGGCUGAGUCCCCGCAGACCGCCAAGAGAACCCCUGUAAAACCUAAACCGGUGAGGAGGAGCAAGACGGUGGUGAAAGAAGGAGUGGAGAGAGUCAGGGGAGCAUGGCUGGGAGAGGGCUGUGGCUCCGUCAUAAAGUCCCUCCCAGCUGGAACAAGGAAGGUCUCCUGUGGACUCUCUAGCAGAACUAGCAGGGAUGUGGUCUUGCUCUCAGAGACGGAGAGUGUGUCCUCCACUCCCUCGUCUCUCUUCACCUCCUCCUCGUCCUCCUCAACUGUCCGUAGUAACACUAGAACCACUUUAGCUUCUACCGACAUUGCUAGGUUCUCUCGCUGGACUCACAACAGCAAUUCUUCAAAACCCCUCCCAGUGGCUUGGAAAAAGAUCCACGCGGGUUCGUCGGCUAGCUGGGGGUGUGGUCGAGGAAGAGGAGGUGGAGGAGGGAAGGGGGAGUUGGAGCUGAAGGAUGUAGCAGCCGGGCUUGGCCGGAUGAGCUUCAGACAUGUCAUUGUCAUGUCUGGUGCUGGCAUCAGCACUCCAAGUGGGAUACCUGACUUCAGGACCCCAGGGAGUGGUCUGUACGACAAUCUCCAGAAGUAUCAACUCCCUGAGCCCUCGGCUAUUUUUGAGACUGCAUACUUCCACCGGAACCCGCGGCCAUUCUUCAGCCUGGCCAAGGAGUUGUACCCAGGCCGCUACUGCCCCAGUCUGGCCCACUGCUUCGUGAGACUGCUCCAGGACAAGGGAGUGCUCCUCAGGAGCUACACCCAGAACAUUGACGGACUUGAGAGAUUGGCAGGGGUGGAUGGAGGGAGGCUGGUAGAGGCUCACGGGUCCUUCUCUACUGCCUCCUGCACUCGCUGCCACAGCAAACAAGACCCUCAGGAUGUCAAGGCGGCGAUAUUCGGUGACCAGAUACCCAAGUGCAAGCACAAGUAUUGCAAUGGAGUUGUGAAGCCCGACAUUGUGUUCUUUGGUGAAGAUCUCCCACAGCGGUUCCACUCACUCCAGCUAAGAGACUUCUCAAAGUGUGAUCUCUUAGUCAUCAUGGGAACUUCUCUAGAGGUGGAGCCGUUUGCCAGUCUGGUGACUCUGUCGCGACACGCCGUACCACGACUCCUGCUGAACAGGGAGCUGGUCGGUCCGUUCCGGUCCCAGCGGUGUCCCCGGCUCACGGACGUGGCAGUGUGUAGGGACGUGGAGGAGAGCGUGAGACAACUGGCAGCGGGGGCUGGCUGGGGAGACUGUCUACAACACAUCCAUAAAGAAGUCACUAGAAUCAAUACUGGAGCAGCUGAUCCAGAGCCAGGUGCAGCCAGUACUGACUCCAGAUCUGCUGACAGUGGGUGCUCCCAGCUCACUUCAGCCAUGGAACAGCUGAAUCUUGAAGACACCCGGACCUCCUCAUCCUCCUCCUCUUCCUCCUCUACCUCAUCCUCCUCCUCAAUUUCCACUGACUCUUCCUCAACAGAUUGAGCUUCGUCAUUGAUUUAGUCAACUUUUAUAAACCAAACAUUUCAGAUCUUUUUAAACUAUUGGAUGUGGUCUGAUGGAUAAUGACCCACAGGCAUGAUUGUGAGGUCAAUGGUUCAAUCCUUGAUGUCUGUCUAAUGAUGUAGUAUGACUGUUGGUUUUAGAGAAACCUUUUUCAUGACUUGUCGUGGCCAGCCCUAGUGGCUAAAGUGGUAGAAACAAGGGGACGGUCAGCAUAUGACAAGAGAAGUGUAGGGCUGGCCAUUUUUUCAACCUUAUAAGAUUUUUGCCUUAAUAAUCCAUGGAUAAUUAUGACGUGGUGUUAGUCUUGCUCUCCGAGGUCAUGUUUGCAGAACAAAAAUAUGGUGAUGGGGCUGGGUAUAGGAGGGGCUUGUCAGUCUAGUGGUCUUUGUACGAUUAUAAGUGAACAAUGCAUUCUCCUUCCAUUUCUAAUCUGCCUAAACCCAGAUGUGUGCUUUGCUGCAUGCACCACAACGACACUCAAUGGAGAGGAAUCUGUAUAUAGCAGUUUGAGACAAACU